AUGUCCCCCAAUAACUAUGCUAUUCCUCACUCUCAAAUACCCCAAAUUGAAUUGCUACUGAAGUGUAUUUCUAGUAAUAUUCCUGUGAUUUUGCUAGGAAAUAGAGGUAGGAAUUCUCUCUUGAAUUUUAUUUCAUCAAUCUUUUCUUUAAAAAUGGUUCAAAUUGAUUGCCACAAAGACACUGACAUAUUUGAUUUACUAGGACAAUACAGAAAGGCUGAGAAUAGUACAGAUAGUAUUGAUAUCAAUAAUAAUAAUGGCAACUGUCUACUAUUUGAAUGGUGUGAUGGCCUACUAGUUAAGUACAUCAAAGAACCAUCUUUAAUAGUCUUUAACAAUCCUGAAAUGGUUGAUAAAUGCGUCUUUGAUCGUUUAAACUCACUCUUCGAAGAUGAUCGUAGAAUUAAUGUUUAUGAAAAGGUAGAAGACACUUUUAUAAAUAUCCACCCUCAAGUUAAAUUUGUAUUGUGCUGUGAUAAUGUCUGUGGAUUGUCACCAGCGCUUAUUGACAGAUGCUACAUAAUUGAACUAUGCGAAAGAUAUUCAUAUAUCGACCUAUACAAAAUUUUUACUACGGCUAGUAGCAGUGAUAUUAGAACUGAAGAUAUCUUAACAAGCAUUAGCAAUGAUUGUAUGAAGAAACUCAAGUCAAAUGCCAACGACACUCUUUUUAAGGAACUGAUUGGUACUGAAUCUUAUAUUAACUGUUCCUCUUUGGACAUUGAUAUUAAAAAAUUCUCUAUUUUAGGAACAUAUCCUGCCUACUUGAAUAGGAGUCUUAAUAUUUACAAUACUCUUAUUGAAUCUGAAAUACAAUAUAUGUUUAAGUUGGAAAUGGAAGAGUAUGUUCCUUGCAACACUGAUCUUUUGAAUGUAUACAAAGAAAUUAGUUCGUAUUCUACCAAGCUACCUACAAGAUAUUCUGAUGUUAUAGAAAUACUUACAAAGAGUCCUAGCAUUACUUCAUUUAUCAAGUCAAUGGUGUUUAUUCAUACUAACAGCUAUAGUAGUAAUAAUGUAAAUGACAGUACUGAAAUUAAUAAGAUAUGUUGUAAGAGUGUUUCCAAUACUAUUUAUGAUUUAAAGGUUAAGUUCAUCAAGGAUUUACCUAUAAAAACACUUUCUCAGUUCAGCGAUCUUCUAUAUUUUGCUAAAAAUAUAUCUAAGAUAUCAAUUGAUAUAUUUGAUGACAAUUUUUGCUAUGAAGCUGCUUUAUCAAAUUUUUACAAGCUACUAAACGACUAUGAUCCUCUGCAUCUUAUACGAAGUGAAUUGAUUAAUGAGAAGAUUAGGAAACAGAAUGAUAUUAAAAAAACAAUCUCAGAUACUGCUAUAAGUCUGUACAAAUAUGGAAGGGGGGAUGUUGCAUCUCUUAUCGAUGAAUUUAAUAAUAUUUCUAAGAAGUAUACUUCAUCUUUGUCUAAAAUAGACAAUCUACUGAAAAGAGACUAUGAAAAAUUCAAAGAUAUUAUUCAUUCUAUUACAUUUUGUGAAUAUCUUAAUAAUAGGGAAUUAAGAGUAUUCUUAGAAGAUUUUUCAGACUUGCAUGAUUAUUUUCUUACAUAUUUAUUUUCAAAGAGAAGUGAGUGUACAAGAUGCUAUUGUAUGGACAAAGAACAAUACUAUUCGAUCAAAACAAUGUUCUAUAAGACUUAUUCACAAGUAUAA